AUUUUUUUAAUUAUAUAUAGAAUACAAGACAACCAAGCACAAAAUUUUGGUUUCUUUCGAUUUCUGAUCUGAUGUAUGAUGAGAGAAGAGAGGGAGAGAGCGAGGUAUGAUUGAGAGCUCCAACCGUCCCCAAAACGAUUCGUUUUGCUCCUCUCUCGAUCCGGACCACGUAACCCUAAUCUUUUCUGUCCAUAGAUUAUCCUAACUUACCUCCACCUCGAUAUUGGCCGUACGAUCUCCGCGGUUCUGUGAUUGGAAAAGAUGCCGUCACACGCGGAUCUGGACCGUCAGAUUGAUCAUCUCAUGGAGUGUAAGCCGUUGCCGGAGGCCGAGGUCAAGACCUUGUGCGAUCAGGCCCGGGCCAUUCUCGUGGAGGAGUGGAACGUGCAGCCGGUCAAGUGUCCCGUUACUGUUUGUGGUGAUAUCCAUGGCCAGUUCUACGAUCUCAUCGAGCUCUUUCGCAUAGGGGGAAACGCUCCUGAUACCAAUUAUCUCUUUAUGGGCGACUAUGUAGAUCGUGGGUACUAUUCGGUGGAGACUGUCAGUCUGUUAGUGGCCCUGAAAGUUCGAUAUAGAGAUAGAAUUACAAUUCUAAGAGGGAACCAUGAGAGUCGGCAGAUCACUCAAGUGUACGGAUUUUAUGACGAAUGCUUGAGAAAAUAUGGAAAUGCCAAUGUGUGGAAGUAUUUUACUGAUCUUUUUGAUUAUCUACCUCUUACUGCGCUGAUUGAAAGCCAGAUCUUCUGUUUGCAUGGAGGACUUUCACCAUCUCUUGAUACCUUGGAUAAUAUUCGAGCAUUGAAUCGUAUACAGGAGGUUCCGCAUGAAGGGCCAAUGUGUGACCUCUUGUGGUCUGAUCCAGACGACCGGUGUGGAUGGGGAAUAUCUCCUCGUGGUGCUGGCUAUACAUUUGGGCAGGAUAUAGCAGCUCAGUUUAACCACACCAAUGGCUUGACUCUGAUUUCAAGAGCACACCAGCUUGUUAUGGAGGGAUACAAUUGGUGUCAGGAGAAGAAUGUGGUGACUGUAUUUAGUGCUCCCAAUUAUUGUUACCGAUGUGGGAAUAUGGCCGCAAUUCUUGAAAUUGGAGAGAAUAUGGACCAAAAUUUUCUUCAGUUUGAUCCAGCACCUCGGCAAAUCGAGCCUGACACCACACGCAAGACUCCUGAUUAUUUUUUGUAAUUUCCUUAGUUGAGCAGGCUGUUUGUAAUUUCGGUUUGCUGUUGUAUCACUGUAGAUGUCUGGAAAGAGGAGUUUUUCUUGUUUAAUUUGAGGUCAAUAGACAUUAGUCAUUCUUUUGUUUGGAGUUCUGUGUUGCUGCGGCUGCUUCCUCGUGACGUGCUCAAGUUGUUCUCUACAAACCGACAGAAGGCACUGAUAAGCCCUGUUGUCUUGUAUAUUUGAAAAAGGAAAGAACGGCAUUAACAUUUGCAUCUGUAUUUUUAUGAUUUUGUGGUAGAAAGCAUGUUGUUUUCACAUA